AUUCUAUGGGAUUAUAGAUUAGAAUUUAGUAUACUACCAAGGACAUCAGGUUGGUGUUUCUUCUUGUGUACAUGCUUAUGUUUAAAAUAAUGUUUGAAAGGAAACAGGUCUACCAUUACAAGUAAAGCUCAACCCUUAACCGGCUGAAUUAAACAAAUGUGUAAUAGAUUUGCCCAGCUUUGAAUUUUGGAACAGUCCAUUCCAAAGCUAAGGGGAUUUCAGUAUCAGUGAACACUGAAUACAAAAAAUUGAGCUACCAACAGAAUAGAACCUGGUCCGAUUUCAAAAUGGCUUAAAUCACUACCUUUUUCAAACUGGAAUGUCUGCACGAGCCUUUACCUUUGAAUAGACCAUUAUUAAAUCGUACAGGUUUUUCAAAUUGUUUAAGGAAAUUUGCUACCUCAAUUGAUCAAACAAUGUGACUAAAGAACAAAGUGUACAAGUUAAUGAAUACUGAAUUUUGAUUAAAUACAAAUGUAUAAUUAUGGGCUCGAGGCCUUAGUACCAAAUAUACUUUGAAUGGGUGUAUGUUGAAUUUACAUAAAGUUUGAAUAAAUUAGAUGCCCAUUGUCACAACAUAGACUAUGGCAGAUCUGAGGGAACAUACCUUACUGCUGGACAAGACGGAUCAUGAUAACCAAGAGUAUACUAAUCUUGGUUAUGGGAGCAGAAAAGAGUCAACAAGCAGUUUUAGCAGUAUACACGUAGAGCAUAGAUUAACCCUAGAUGAGUUGUUAUACAGAAUUCAGUUUGCUUUCUUGAAUAAAGGGUAUAAUGUAGAGGCAGACAUACAGCUGUUAUUACAGGAAUGUGAUGAAGAUGAUAUAGAUAUAUUGUUACAGGGUCUAAACUCUUACCCACUGAAAAUACAACAAAAACUAGAAAUAUCAAGGUUAUUACGCAGAGAGGGAAAUAUGAAAAUUAAAUAUAGGAGAGGAAAAGACCAAAAAAUGCAAAAGAGAAAAGGUGCUGACAGUGUUUUGGCUAUGUUUGCACUGUGGGAAGAAACAAUUAAAAAGAUUUCUGCAUAUUUUGGUAGCAAUGUAGCCUCAUAUUUCCAGUUUGUGAGGACUCUUCUAUAUAUAAACAUAAUGAUGAUGAUGUUGAUGGUUGGAUUUAUUAUUGUACCUGAGGUUAUUCAGGGUAAUUUCCAAACCGAUGUGACUUAUGGAGGACAUUUUGGUGAGCUGUCCAACAGUUUCAUGUUUUAUGGUUUGUACACGGAGGAUCUUGGGCUGUCUUACAAUCUACCUCUAGCAUACUUCCUGACCUGGUUAUCAGCCAAUCUUGUUUGUUUCAUCUAUAUCAUAGCUAUAAUGAUAGUGAGGUAUCGCAGAAGUAAGUUAGCUGAUGACAGAGGAAAUGAGUACAAGUUUGCUUGGCGUACUUUCUGCUCCUGGGAUCAUUCUGUAACUAGUAGACAGGGUGUUAUUGACUUUAGGACAUCUUUAAAAACUGAUAUAAAAGAGAUAGUAAGAGAAGAAAAGAGUUCAGUAAGAGUGGAUUCUUGUACCAAGUUUAGGAACUAUAUGGGAAGGAUAAUCAGUAACCUUAUAGUACUGGGUUUACUGGUUGGAAGUGGAUUCCUGAUAUAUGAAGUAGCUGACAAUGAAGAUCUUCUAAAAGACGUUGCUGAUUUUGAUUUUGUCAGAAAAUAUCAGCUUACAGCUACUGUGGCAGGGCUCAAGCUUCUUGUUCCUCUUAUAUUUGAGCAGUUGGUACGUCUUGAAGGAUGGCAUCCCAGGAUUGAAACCAAAAUCACUUUAGCAAGGACAACAGUGUUCUAUAUUGCUAGUUUAAUGAUAUUUGUGACAUCACUGUAUGAUGUCACAGGUGACCUCUCUUCUGAUUCAAAUCAGGUUGCUGGGACAGGAAACAAUACAUCAUCUUGUUGGGAGAAUGAAGUAGGAGAAGAAGUUUUCAAGGUCGUUUUGGUUGACCUUGGCAUACUAUUUGCUGUCGGUAUCCUAUUUCAUCUACACAGGGCAUUGUGGGUAAACUGUACUUGCAAAAUGAUAGGAUACAGUAAAUUUGAUGUUGUAUCAAGUGUAUUAGAUGUGGUGUAUGGACAAUGUUUGGUAUGGUUAGGUCUAUAUUUCUCACCACUUCUAGCUGCUAUAAGUGUGCUUAAACUCAUCAUUGUAUUCUACUUUAGAUAUCUAAUAGCAAAGGUUGCUAUGGUACCCCCACAACAGUUGUUCCGAGCUUCUAGUACGGGAAACUUCUACCUAGCUUUACUGCUUCUCAACCUGUUUAUCAGUUUGUUUCCUAUGACAUAUGCUGUUAUAGAGUUUCCACCAUCGGCAGACUGUGGACCAUUUCAAGGUUAUGACAGACCAUAUAAAGUUAUAAACACUACUGAUACUAUAGGGGAGUUACCGGACUGGCCAAAAGAGGUCUUGUACUAUAUUGGAACACCAGCUGUACUCUUUCCUAUACUUAUACUAUUGAUAUUGCUGGUGGUGUAUUUUAAAGUUAAGACUUCAUCUUAUAAACGACUUAUCAGGGAGUUGAGAAGACAACUUAUGUUUGAACGUAAGGUAGAAAAAAGAAAAAUAUUCGCAACUGGAAGAGCAAUGUCCGGUGGCGCUUUGAGUCGGUAUUCUUCCCAGGAAAGUAUUGGAACACCAGGAAUGAAACAUCGGAAGGUGUCACAGCAGACUGUUGCUACCACUAUAGAGGAGGAACAAGAAUUCUAAUGAACCUAAAGACAUCUUUUUCAUUUUUAACAUUGAGAGGUAUUGAAAAACGAUUUUGAACAUUGUGUAUAUGUCAUCAAUUAAUAAAAAUAAUUGGAUAAUAUAUGAGUUUUCACAAAUUGUGUUUAACAUUUAUUGCAUGACAAUGAACAGUUUCUAAUAAACAAUUAUUGAAAAACACAAACAUUUUUGAAACACAAAAUGUAUUUUCUUCAUGCUUAUAAAGAGAGCUUUUUGAAUUUGACAAAAUUCAUUUCAGAGUGUUUUUCCAUAUAUUCAUCGUGAACAAACUCCACAACGAUUUUCCUUGAAUUGUAUUUUGCAUUAUUAUACAUGUAUAAACUUGGUUAAUUUUAUGAAAUUAUUCAGACAAAAAGAUAUAAGGAUGUAGAUAAUGCUUUAAAGUGACACAUGAUAAGUUCUUAAACUCAUGAUUAAAAUAAAAGCUUUAUUUGUUUGUAACUAAGUGUCCAUUUUGAGAAAAUGUCAUCAAUUUGACUUUAUUGUAAAUAUCAAUCUAUUCUCAGUUAUAAGGAUUCCUUGACCAUUCCUUAAACUUUGCCUGAUUGAAUAUAAUAAUGAUUUUAACAAAUUCGUGAAAAAAAAACAUGGGGUCACCAUCUUAUGAUAUAUUUAUUUGCCCUAGAAAGUGACGUUUUACUCUGGUCAUUUCUCUCUGUGUCUUUGCAAAACAUACACUACUCGUGGAAAUGCACACUUUUCGGAAUGGGGGAUGUUGAAACGCCAUUGUCCAUCCAUCUUUCUGUCCACAUCUCAAAAUGCAAAUGGAUUCAGUGUUACGUGUAGUUUAUAAUGAGUUAAUAUCAAAAUGCUCUAAUUGCAACCAAUAAAUGUGAUAAUUUUUGUGAAUGAAUGUCUUAAUGUCACACUGCUAUAAUCAAAUGUUAUGUAGAUGAAUAUCUCAAAAGGAUUUCAUUUAUUAUGAGAGCUGUUGUGCAUGGUGCUGUUUACUGAAAUUUAAUGGGGAAAAACAGGGCUCAAUUGUGGUUCAUAUUUUUAUGUACAUAAUUAAUGAAGUAAGUGAUUUAAUCAUGUUAAAGUAAUAUGGUGCUUCAGAUUUAUAACUUGCGAAAGCUUCAAAAUUCAUCUGGCGGAAAGGUUAUGAAGAGUAUAGCACAUUACUCUGGUCCUGAAGCUAAGUCAUUGGUGCAAUUGCUUUUACGACAUCUAGGAAGGCGUUAUCUGGCAGGGGCUAUGUUUAGGCCCAAAAAAGACAAGGGACAAUGAUGGGGGGGGGGGGCCAAGGCGGAUUUUUUACAUUUUUAUUUUUUUGCUAAAUUAACUUUGAAGUCUGGAUAUAUUAUAUUUUCCCUGCCAGAUUUUUAUUUUGUUUCUUUGUUGUUGCUUUACUUUUGUUAUAUUUGUUAACAAAACUUUAUUCUUUCAUAGUGGAAAAACUAUGGCUUGAUGUCUGUUUAUGAAGUUA